GUAUUUUCUCGUUAGAAAAUAAAAAUGAUUAAUAAGACAAUAUUGAUUGGGCCUAUAUUUAAUCAUAUGAGAUCACACAUUAUAACACAAAUUAAACAAAGCAAUCGAAAUCCACUUAGGAUUAGGGUUCGGCCGAUCAUAUGAGGAAUAUGAGGAGAAUUAGUUCUCGUAUCUAUUCUAUGACUCUUCCAUUAUAUAUAUAAGAUAUAAUAUUAAGAUUUAGGUGAAAAAUUCAUUAAGCAAUUUCUUUUCAUAAGAGAGGGCAAAUGAAAUCCAAAACUAUUCCUCCGAACCGGCGGCUAUCCACCUAAAAGCAAGAGAUUUAUUCUCUAAGGAAGAGCAAAAGUUGGUGUUCAUUUGGAGCUCGUGGAGUGAUUAAAGGAGCAACACAUGAGGCUCUUGGAUCUUCAAAACUUGUAUACAAAAGGAAAAUCACGCUACAAAGGAGUUGCUUCAAAUGACAAUUGGAAGCUUUCCCUUUAGAUAUCUAGGUGUUCCGCUUCAUUCCAGGAAACUAUUUUAUACUGAAUGUAAGCCUCUCAUUGCUAAAGUUGUUGCAAGAGUUAAAACUUGGACUGUCAGGAAGCUCUCUUAUGCUGAUAGAGCCCAGCUAAUCAGGUCAGUUCUUCAAGGUAUACAAGCUUACUGGUGCCAGAUCUUCCUCCUUCCAAAGAAAGUGCUAAGAGAAAUCCAAACUACACUCAGAAGCUUCCUAUGGACAGGUAUGGAUACCAAUUCCAGAAAAUCUCCUAUUUCAUGGGAUUAUAUGUGUAAUAAGAAGGUUUGUGGUGGGCUGAACUUCAAAGAAAUCAUAACCUGGAACAAGGCUGCCAUUGCAAAACACUUCUGGGCUCUUGCUUUGAAGCAAGAUAGGCUUUGGAUUAAAUGGCUUCAUGUCUAUUAUAUUAAGCAAGCUGAUGUUUGGACAGCUGCUAUCCCUAAUAGGCUAUCUUGGGCUAUAAAGAAAAUUCUUGAAGCAAGGCAUCUACUUAUAGAUUUGACUACUUGCAAUCAGUUUGUUUAUCAUAACAAAUUCUCUAUAAGGAAAUGCUACUGGUUUUUAAGAGGAGAACAACCUAAAGUGGAGUGGAGAAGAAUUACAUGUAAUAGCAAGGCUUCCCCUAAAGCUAUUUUCAUUACUUGGAUGAUGCUUCAUGGUAGAUUGAACAUCAAAACCAGGCUAUACCAAUGGGGUGUAGUCAAAGAUAAGCACUGUCCUAUUUGCAAUACUGCUGAUGAAACUCUUGAACAUUUGUUUUUCACUUGUGAUUACAGCAAAGCCAUCUGGAGUAGGUGUUUACAGCUUAUCAAUGUCAAUAUUACUUCUGAUCUUGCUACAAUCAUCUCAACUGUAGCAAAACACAGUAGGAAGAAACAUAGACAUCACCAAUUGCUUAAUAUGCUGUUUAUAGAAUGUGUUUAUCAUAUCUGGAUACAGAGAAAUAGGAAGGUCUUUGAUGAUCAAUUCCUUCCUCCUCUGCAGGUAAUUAGGCAGAUUGUAUUUGCUGUUGCUUGUAGAUGUGAUUGUGAUGUAACUCAGCUUAUAUUAUAAGCCUCUUGUUUUGUUGUUCCUGGGCUUGUCCAGGUAAGUUGUAAGGGGUUGGUCCUCAAGGUCUUCUUUCCAAACCCUUCCUAGAAGGUGGGGGGAAGUUGGCUAUUGAGUCCUACUCCUUUUAGGUUGUAAAACUUUUUUUUGGUAGUCAAUAAAAACUUUGAAUUGCCAAAAAAAAAAAAAAAAAAAAAAAAUUGGAAACUAUAAGUAAUUGAUUUAUUUGUGAUUUAUGGUCAAAUUAAUUUUUAAAGGUCCU